GCAAUAAUAUGUAAUUUUUGUGUGUUUAUUUAUUUAUUUCUCCAUGGUUUUCCGAUAUUAAAAUAAAAAUCUGAAUUGCGUUAAUUGAUUAUAUACCACAACGUCCAUAUAGUAUAGAGGGGUCCCCCUUUUGCUGUUGGAAGAGACCAUGCGAAAGAUCAAGACCGAACGACAUGCCAGAAGCUGAAAGUCCUCUGGGUCAUUGGCCACACAGCCUAAGCUCGAUGCUUGCUUGUCUGGGAUGUACCGUGGGGCUUUUCAAUAUAUCAAGAUUUGCCAUACUAUCCACACAUUACGGGGCUAAUUUUUUAAUACAGUUUCUUCUACUAUCCGUCGUAAUAGGACUGCCGUUAUUUACUUUGCAACUAUGCCUUGGUCAACAACUAGGAGCCGGAGUGAUUGAUAUGUGGAGGAUAUCGCCGCUCUUUCAGGGAGUUGGAGUUGCCUUGCUCGUGUCGCAAGCGUUUAUCGGACUGUAUAGUAUAAUUGGCGUCUCGUGGCUUUUUGUAUAUUUUAGAGAUUCUUUUAUAACAAAAGAUGACCGAUAUCGUUGGGCAGAACCGUACUACUAUUAUAGAGAUUUUAAUCCAAAUGACAACGGUUCAAAUUACAAUAUAUGCCAAACCGUUCCUGAUUACUUUAGCGGAAUUGUUUUACAAAGGCACCAUUUAAAAUCUGGAGUGUAUUCUGGUACAAUUAAAUUCCAAUUAGCUUUCAACUUGGCUGUUGUGUGGAUGAUUGUGUUUGUGUCACUAAGCAAAGGCUUACGUUCCUAUGGAAAAGUGGUUUAUGUAUUCUCUUUAUUGCCAGUGCUUGGCAUUUUUAUAGUGAGUGCCAAAAUGCUUAGUAUGAUCCCAUCAAGUUUUGUGUAUGCGGUCUUUCCGGAAACCUCGUGGAAUGAAUUUUUUCUAAAUUCUAGGAGUUGGGUCGCGGCGAGUCAAGAAGUUCUUCUCACAUGGGGAUUAUUAGGCGCCGCUACUAUGCAGAUAGCCUCACAUAAUAAAAAUAAACAUCUCCUACAACGCGAUUCUAGUCUUAUAGCUAUUAUCACAUUUGCUAUUUUAUUACUAACUGCGUUCCUAGCAAACACUUGUGUUCAGUUAUUGCGUUCCCAUGGUUACAAUUAUAUUCCGACGUCUUUCGAAAAAAUAAGCGCGUACAGUUUCUUACAAUCUUCACAUUCUAAUUUGCCGGCAAGCUUAACCACAAUUCCCGUUCGAUAUAUGCCACAUCAAUCGUUUAUUGUUGGAGAGAGAGUUACAAAAAACGGAAUUGACCCGACCAUGGAAAGUGGAUAUCAGGCCCUUCGUCUGGCAACCGAGUUGGUACCAGCUACGUUUGCUAUAAUGGGCACGGAAGAAAUUUACCCUUUUUGGGCUGUACUGUUCUAUUUUAUCCUAAUACUAUUCGGAAUAGCUCAACAAUUGGCAAUAUGGCAUUGUGUAAUUACGGGGAUAAUGGCGAUAAAAGCAAAUUUAUUAAAGUCAUGGGAAACAACCAUAACGUUUUUUAGUUGUGCAUGCGGUUUCUUGCUAGGAUUGCCUAUGGCUACAGAGUAUGGUAUAUACUUGGUGUACUUUAUGGACUUUACAAUUGGAGGAAUGUGGUGGUUAAUUUUGAUCAUCUUACUGAAAAUUGUAGCGGUAUUCGUAGUACGAGGCAGACCUUACAGUGGAGAUGCACUGGUGAACACAUUCUUUGCUUCUCAAUCACGCCCUUGCCUACUCACUUGGGCACCAGCUCUCUUGUCGUUUACAUGGAACGUUAUUUUACCAGUGGGACUAAUGGUGUGUUGCGUGACAUUUUUUAAAAAUGGAAACUUCAGGGAAAUGUUUGUUUGGCAUCAUGCUCCAAGUUCUGAUUACUGGCCACUGUGGGCGAGGCAAGUUGGAUCCAUGCUGCAGCUACUGCCAGUUCUUUGUGUACCUAUCGUGGCAGUUAUUCAAAGCUACAGAUAUUUAAACAAUGGACCUGCGGAUAUUUUAGACAGAGUGCAAUUAUUAUAUCGGCCACCCAUUGGUGAACAUAUGGAGGAAAUUCCUGCUCAACAAUCUUCUGCAAAUACUACCACUACAACUGCAACUGCUGUAAUUGGAAUCCCUGCUACUGUGGCUUCAUCAGAAGAUCCACCCCCAAAGUAUACACCCCCUCCCUCGUACACAACGGCAACUGGAGCAAGAAUAGCAAAAUUUUUAAGACAGAGCAUCCGACGAAGUGUGAGAAGGUUAACAAGUGCCUUAGGCGAGAGCAGUUCAAGAAAUCGCGCCACGCUACCAGCUGUUCAGGUACCUCCACCAGAUUACACCGACGUUCUGGUAGAAAUGAAUCAGUCGCACACUAACGGUCUUUCAAGUGUCAACGUUAUUACGGACAGAAAUGAUACGAACUUGAGCACUUUCGGUCGCGAGCUUGCCGAACAUCGAAGAUCAAGUUCUGGUGUACUUACAAUCGCAGAUGUUGCAAGCAUACUCCGCAACAGUUUUAGAAGAAGCCGAGUGAGGUCUGCCAACACGAUGAGGAAUGUGGUAACACCCUGUGACAGUAAUGAUACGUCUAUAACUGCACAAAAUUUGGUAGAUUCGGCCGCGCCAAUAGGCGAAACGUCUUUAGUUUUAGAUAAUCUAUCGAAUGGCGAAGGUGAAGCGAAGCUUCAUUCUGAUAAUCUCUCAGCUGUGAUAUAAAUUUGGUUAGGUAUUUAUUGUGUAGAUUACGUAAGCAGGUAUGGAUGUGUGCAAGUGUGAAUUUUAAUACUUUAAAUAUUGUAUAUAUAAAAAAAAUAAAGCUCACAAAAUUCUUUCCCACCCUUUUA